GCCGCCGGGGGACGGGGGGAUGGGGGGCAGGUGGAGGGGACGGCCCAGACGCACAUCAUCCACGGCCCCUCGGGACCGGAGGGACUCGUGAGCCGGAGCCCAGAAAUCCGGGGGUGGAUAAGACACCGCGUCCCCUCCAAUUCCCGUAAGCACCCCAUCCUGCGCCCAAAUACCUCAGCUAGCCCCUCUCCCCAACUCUACACUCCAAACUAAGCCGGGACAGACCUCUGCCGCCGCCGCUCCCCACGUGAGUCCUGCGCUCCCGGAGCCAUCUGGAGAAGCUCCAAGACCCUGCCCCUUUUUCUCAGAGGGACUCUUUUUGGUGACCUGCUAAAGGAUUUGAUCCCUUAGGACAAAGCUGCCAGAGGAGCUCUGGACGAGGCCCAACACAGUCCCUAAGGUGGUGCCCAAGGUGAUGUGCAGACGAUGAGUGGGUGUUUUCCAGUUGCUGGCCUCCGAUGCCUGUCUAGGGAUCGCGGCGGGAUGGCGACGCAGGGCGCGCCGCGCUUCCUCCUGACCUUCGACUUUGACGAGACGAUCGUGGACGAAAACAGCGACGACUCGAUCGUGCGCGCCGCGCCGGGCCAGCGGCUGCCCGAGAGCCUGCGGGCCACCUACCGCGAGGGCUUCUACAACGAGUACAUGCAGCGCGUCUUCCAGUACCUGGGCGAGCAGGGCGUGCGGCCGCGGGACCUGCGCGCCGUCUACGAGGCCAUCCCCCUGUCGCCGGGCAUGGGCGACCUGCUGCAGUUUGUGGCCAAGCAGGGCUCCUGCUUCGAGGUUAUUCUCAUCUCCGAUGCCAACACCUUCGGCGUGGAGAGCGCGCUGCGCGCCGCCGGCCACCACGGCCUGUUCCGCCGCAUCCUCAGCAACCCGUCGGGGCCCGACGCGCGGGGGCUGCUGGCGCUGAGACCCUUCCACACGCACAGCUGCGCGCGCUGCCCCGCCAACAUGUGCAAGCACAAGGUGCUCAGCGACUACCUGCGCGAGCGGGCCCACGACGGCGUGCACUUCGAGCGCCUGUUCUACGUGGGCGACGGCGCCAACGACUUCUGCCCCAUGGGGCUGCUGGCGGGCGGCGACGUGGCCUUCCCGCGCCGCGGCUAUCCCAUGCACCGCCUUAUCCAAGAGGCGCAGAAGGCCGAGCCCAGCUCCUUCCGCGCCAGCGUGGUGCCCUGGGAGACCGCCACCGACGUGCGCCUCCAUCUGCAGCAGGUGCUGAAGGCGUGCUGAGGACCGCGGCCCGCAGGGGGCGCCCGGGCGGAGAAGGGGGCGGGGUGGGGGCGGGGAGAUCGGGAAAGACAAACCUAGUUUUAUUACGCCCUUUCCCCUUUCGCUUUGGUGUGUCCCUCCGGGAAUUCCGGGAAUUCCGGCCUCGUCCAUCUAGGGGCUUGGGGGGGAGACAUCGGAGCCGUCCCUAUCUAUGCAGUUAACCCAGCUCGGCUGCCGGCCCCUGGUUCCACCGCAACGUUAAAUUCUGGAGUUGGGCGCCCACCGGGGUGGUGCGCACACCUGGCAGGCGGCAGGGUUUCCAAAAAUCCCUUGUCCUCCGAACUGGGAGCACGGGGGUCCCUGGCAGGGGAGAGAGGAACAUCUCCCGCUGCUUUACCUGCUGCCUUGGGCCGCGAAACUUCCCUCCCCUCAGUCUCUUCCGUCAAGGGGACUCCAGUCCCGAAAUCCUCCCGGCCGCGCCGGAGUCCCAGCGGAGGGAGAGGAAGCUCUCUGCCGGCGGUCUCAGGCCUACAUCUUGCUUCACCUACUGCGUCCCCACCCUGCGCCCUUUUUCCUUGUUGCCUCCCUUCCCGCGCCCACCCUGCCAGCAUCCCCAAAGGAGAAAAAGAAAAAAAAGAAAAAAGAAAAAAAAAAAGCCAGAGGGAACACGGCGCCUCCUGGUGGUGGAACGAGGUAGCACACCGUCCGGCUCGGGUCCUUCCAGCCAGGGACCUCGCCGCGCGCGGCGGUGCCUCCUCUCAUCCCAGCCUCGUCUAUGCAGCAAAAGACCAGGGACUUGACCAAAGUCGCCCCGCGGGCUGAGCCCUCUGCGUCCCCCCCCUCCCGUAUGGAACAGAAAGCCAUGAUGUUUUAAAGCAGAGCCAGCGAAAGCCAAGCCCUUCCUCCCUCUUUGGUGUUCUGCAGCUAUAAAGAGGUGAAGGGGGAA